AUGUCUUGCCAUUUUCAACCUCAUGGGGCCAGCUGUGCAUGCGAUCCGAAUCUAUCACAACAAGAAUACGAAAGUUUCGAACCCUACAAUACUGGCUAUUAUUCAAAUGCCCGUAGGUCGUAUGGUGACGGCUCAGACUCCCACUCGAAUAUCAAUCUAUCCUACGGCGACGAGACCAACUUCCAUUCGAAUGCCUACCAAUCCUUCGGUGACGACGCCAACUACCAAGCAAACGCCUACCACUCCUUCGUCGAUGGCACAGGUUCAUAUGGAUAUCCAAGCUUUGGACAAGACUUUGACGGCUACUCAUCAUAUGGCCAUUCUUAUGGAUAUCCUCAGCAGUACGAGCAGUAUGGGAGCCCGUACCCGGAACCCCCUAGACAAUACGCGCAGCAAUAUGGUUGCAGCUAUCAAGAUUUUGACAGUUGCGGCGGCGGCUGUUGUGCGGUUGAUAUGUCAUCGACUGGUUACUACACGCCGAGCUACUAUGACUAUCUCUGGCCGCCAGUGAUGGUUGAAACCGUGGAAAACGUAGAGGAGUUCACAAUGAAGCGGGAGACUGGGCCAAUGGCUGGAACAAAGUCUAGAGGACCACGGAAGAGAGCGGGUGGAAGGCGUGGCAGAGAGUAUUAUGGGUCAUAUGGGAUGGGUGGAUGCGGCAUGAUGUAG